CGUGAGUGGGAGAGUAUUUUAUACAGGUUGGUUCGCUUUUGGCUUUUCAGACCCAAGAUCGCCACCUAACAACUAACACCAAAAGCCGUUAAGACUUAAAAAAACACUCUUGCGAUCGCCGCCCCCAACGGCGGACUUCCCCUAUUCAUCCUCCAUUGAUAUACUCAUAUACCCAUCCUUCCUGCUUCCCUACACCAUUUCUCGAUUCUCUCACUUUCUCUAGACUUCCAGCUUCUUACAAUGGCAUUAGCACCUCACGCCACCUCACUCUCAAAAUCCUUCUUCUCUUCCAAACCCUCAAUAUCGUCAUCAUCAACCACUCCGCUUGUUAACCUACCGAACACCUCCCAUAAAUCUCGUCGGCAGUUCGUUGUUCGCAACUCCGUUACGAUUGCUCAGUCACCGUCCAUUUCGUCGACUAAAUCAUCCACUGUCAAAUCGGUGAAGGCGAGGCAGAUCAUUGACAGCAGGGGAAAUCCGACGGUGGAGGUUGAUCUUGUUACUGAUGAUCUUUACCGAUCAGCUGUCCCUAGUGGAGCAUCCACUGGAAUUUACGAGGCGUUGGAGCUCAGAGACGGUGAUAAGAACGUCUAUGGUGGCAAAGGAGUUCUUAAUGCUGUUAAGAAUAUCAACGAGGUUUUGGGACCGAAGCUCAUCGGUGUUGAUGUCAGGAAUCAAGCUGAUUUUGAUGCCAUCAUGCUAGAGAUCGAUGGAACUCCAAAUAAGUCUAACCUUGGAGCUAAUGCGAUCCUUGGAGUUUCUCUUAGUGUAUGUCGAGCUGGUGCAGGAGCAAAAGGUAUACCUUUGUACAAGCACAUUCAGGAGAUAUCAGGAACGAAAGAGCUUGUUAUGCCAGUUCCAGCAUUCAAUGUCAUUAAUGGAGGCAGCCAUGCUGGAAAUAAUCUAGCAAUGCAAGAAUUCAUGAUACUUCCAGUAGGUGCAUCUUCAUUUGCUGAAGCUCUGCAAAUGGGUAGUGAAGUUUAUCACACACUGAAGGGAAUCAUCAAAGCAAAGUAUGGACAAGAUGCAUGCAAUGUUGGAGAUGAAGGUGGAUUUGCUCCCAAUGUUCAGGAUAACAGGGAAGGACUCGUGUUGCUCAUUGAUGCAAUUGAAAAAGCUGGUUACACCGGAAAGAUUAAAAUAGGGAUGGAUGUUGCUGCUUCUGAGUUCUUAACAAAAGAUGGUAAAUAUGAUCUUGAUUUCAAGAACCAACCCAACAAUGGAGCUCAUGUUCUCACAGCUUCAAAGCUUGGUGAUUUAUAUAGAGAAUUUAUCAGAGAUUUUCCAAUUGUAUCAAUCGAAGACCCCUUUGACCAAGAUGAUUGGACUUCCUGGAGUUCAUUACAGUCUUCAGUUGACAUCCAGAUUGUUGGCGAUGACUUGUUGGUCACAAACCCUAAGAGAAUUGCUCAAGGCAUUCAGAAAAAGGCCUGCAAUUCCCUCCUAUUAAAGGUUAACCAGAUAGGAACAGUGACUGAAUCUAUACAAGCAGCUCUUGACUCAAAAGCUGCUGGAUGGGGUGUGAUGGUUAGUCAUAGGAGUGGUGAAACAGAGGACAACUUCAUUGCAGAUCUUUCGGUUGGAUUGGCUAGUGGACAGAUCAAGACAGGCGCCCCUUGUCGAAGCGAGCGAUUGGCCAAGUAUAACCAGCUUCUGCGCAUUGAAGAGGAACUUGGAAAUGUACGUUAUGCAGGUGAAGCAUUUAGAUCUCCAUGAUCAAGUGGAUAUAAAACAAACAUGUAGUAAAGUAAGUUAAUUCACAAGAGAUAAUUUUUCUUUUUUAUUGUAAACUCAACUAGGCUUUUUACCAGACAUUUAUGAGGUUUGUAUUGCCCAUAGAAGAUUCCAUGAUUGUUUUGAAUAAAGAACAUGUUGUGCAUAUUUUCUACACUUUGUAGCCUGUAAACUAUUGUGUUUGCAUUGUAGUUUAAC